AUGAAGUUCACACUCAUUGCCGCGGCCCUCACCGCCACCACCGCAGCCGACUUUGUUGUCGUAACCGCUAUCCCAACGCCCACCGACCUCUCUCAGCUCCUCAACCUCAAGUCGUAUGCCUCGUCUCUCGCCGGUUACGUAACAGCGGAACUGGCGUCCUUCACCGCAGGCGCAAACCCGAGCGCUAUUUCAGAGAAAGCCAAGAUCCAGAAGGAACUCGCCUCGUUCGCCGCCACGGCCUCGUACUCAAUUCCCUCGGGUGUCACUGCGUUGACGGGCCUCGAAACGUUCACGACUGUGCCAGACUGGUACAGCGCCCUCCCCAGCGACGUCAAGAGCUACUACGACAAGAACAACGCCAUUGUGGAGAGCAUCUUGUUCCAGGCUGUGGGCGUCAACCAGACAGGUACCGCGAGUGGCAGUGCGGGCGCGACGAGGUCCGGGACUGGCGCCACGGCGAGCCAGACUGGCGCGGCCAACAAGGUCGCUGCCAUGGGCGCAGGAAUGGCAGCAGUGUUCCUGGGUGUUGUUGCUUUGUAG